AAUGUUUUCAUAUUUCUUCAUGAUUCCGUGUUUCAAGAAAAUUAAGAAUUUCAUGAUUUAAUUUAAAAAUAAUGGUGAAAAUUAUAAUUCUUCUAGCAUUUACAAUACUUCUUGCUGAUGCUAGAAAGCAUCAUCUUGAAAUUCGUGAUGACAUUCGUCAAUACAUCCCGCUAAGUACAUUUGGAUUUUAUAAGGGCGGUCAUUUGAUAGCUAAAAUAAGUGAAUUUGCUUUACGUAUUGGACUAGAAAAUAAUGUCUUUGGUUUAUCACUUGAUAAGACAGUUAGUGACGCAAUGCGUCAAAACACAGAUCUUCAUCAAGAUAAAUGCUUCUUAGAAGACAGAAAUCUAGUCUUGCCAACCAAUGAGCCCGCACUCUUCUUCAUCAUGAACUUUACAUCACUUGAAGUUGUUGUGAAUUGUUCCAAAAAUUGGCGAAACAUGAAUGUUGUUGGAGAAUUUAAAAGCAAACAUUAUAAUAAAAUCCCUUCAAGAUAUCCUAAUGGUUCAUAUGAGUGCAAUAUAGGAAAUAUUAAACUGACUGAAAGUAAAAGAAACGAUGACACGUACCGCUUCUUUGAAUUCAAGUUCGUGAUGUUCAUCGAUACCAAAGAAGAUGAAGGACUUUACAAUCUUUAUUUUCAUGCUUGUCCUAAUUACGAUCCUGACAUUAACAAAAAUUAUUUGCUUCGAUUCAACGCUGACAUUGAGGAGAAUAAUGAUGGAAAUUAUUUAUCUGCUACUGAAAUGCCACUUCCAGUUCUCUACUUCAUGAUGUCAUUGCUUUUCUUCCUUUCCGGACUAUUUUGGGUUUACGUCCUUAGACGUAGCAAACAUCCAGUAUUCAAGAUUCAUUACUUGAUGGGUGUUUUGGUUUUCUUAAAGUCACUCAGCUUAAUGUUCCAUUCAAUCAAUUAUCAUUUCAUCGAAAUUAAAGGCGAACACGUUGAGGCAUGGGCGAUUCUCUUCUACAUCACACACUUACUCAAAGGCGCUGUUCUCUUCAUCACAAUUGUUUUAAUUGGGACUGGCUGGACAUUCAUCAAACACAUUCUUAGUGACAAAGAUAAAAAGAUUUUCAUGAUUGUGAUACCGUUACAAGUGUUAGCAAAUGUUGCCGAAAUCAUUAUUGAGGAGAGUGAAGAAGGAAGUUUGGAACAUUCAACAUGGCGUGACAUUUUCAUUCUUGUUGAUUUACUUUGCUGUGCUGCCAUUCUUUUUCCCGUUGUUUGGAGUAUUCGACAUUUACAAGAAGCAUCAGCAACUGAUGGAAAAGCUCUUGUGAAUUUGAAGAAAUUGAAACUUUUCAGACAAUUUUACAUCAUGAUAGUUUGCUACAUUUACUUUACUCGCAUUAUUGUUUUCCUGCUCAAGAUAACAGUUCCAUUCCAAUAUGCUUGGCUUGAUGAGCUCUUCCGUGAAAUGGCUACGUAUGUAUUCUUUGUUGUGACCGGUUAUAAGUUCCGUCCCACAACGCAAAGUCCUUACUUUAAUGUACGUGAUCUUGACGAUGAAGAUGAGGUCGAGAUUCUUACACAAACUGGGUAUAACGAAAAUAUUCGUAAUGUUACAAAUCGACAAAUGGUUACAACGACAUCAGUUGAAUCAUUCAAUGAAGACGAGAAAGAAAAUCUUAUCAGUAAGCGAGAGUCGAGUCAUGAAUAUGAUUAAAAUGCUUCUAAAAUUUAUGAUCGAUCAAAUUUUCUUUUAUCACUUUGUCAUACGUAUGUAUAAACUGUGCUUAAAUGCAGCUUAAAAUUAUUCAUGUUUCUAGGCUUUCAAUUAAAAUUCGUGUGAUUAAGAAAUAUAAAUAAUUUUUUGUCAUAAGCGUAGUUGAGAGUUUAGUUUAAGAGAUUUUACCAAAUAAUAAACUAUCACUCUUAAAUAAAGUUUUUGUUUUUACUUGACGACAUUAUGUGAUUGUAAAUCAUUGGGGAAAAUGCUAAAAUAACUUCACGUUCAUUUUCAAUAACAUCAGCUAAAACUUCAACAGUAAACAUUUUUAUGUCAACAAAGUUAUUUCAAUUAUCAUCAUCUAGAAAAGUAUACGCGCCUAUGGUUAGCAUGAUUAUUGUCAACUGACCUUCAAUCGCUCCUUUUCGACAUCGUUCGUUGCUACGAUUAAUUUUCCAACUUUCUUGUAAGGAAUUUUCUUUUCGUCGCAAUAUUUGUAUGUUAAAUGUAAACCUUCGACACAGAGUUUGGCUUUUAAACUACCAGGUUUAUAAUAGAUGCCAGCAUGAAUGACGCCACUGUUAUGACCGGAUUGAUGGAAAGCAACCUUUGGUUCUUUUUCGACGAUAGCUAUUUUUAAAUGCGGAUGUCUCAAAAGAAUCUCUCGAGCUGAUGAUACACCAACAAUUCCGCCUCCAACGCAUAUUAAAUCAAAUUUAUUAGAUCCAUCAUUAGCACCAAUUGAGCUUAGAAAUCUAAUC